CGGGUUCUGAGGUCUGUUGGAGAACCACUAUUAUUAAACAUCACAUCCUGCUUCCUCCUGUUUGUGCUACAACCCCGUGCCCUCACUCAGAUUCAUUUGUGUCCUUCUGUCGGACAAAAUCAGGUUCAGGCCACAGGGCCACGUCUGGCUCCAACAGAGGAACCUAAAGCCGCCUAGACAGCUGUGUCAACUUGCAGCUACAGUGUUUGCAAAGAACCAACACGAAGCGUGAAGAGAUCAAAAACACAAUGACUACGGCGUCCACCCUCACAUACGUAGGUUGACCUAUGCUCACAGGGUCAAUGCAUAUAAAACAGCUGAUCAGGUUCACAAAAUCAUUAAAAGUCUCUGGGAAAAGAUGCUGAGCCAUAUAAUGGGCUUCAUUUGUUAUUCGGUCUAAUUUGGAGGUUUAAGCGUUAUGUAAGGGUGAGAAAAGGCAGCAGAGGGUUGGAACUGAGGUCAGGUGUGUGUGCGUGUGUGCGCGUGUGUGUGGAGGGGGGGGGCUUCCUUAUAAAACUCUAAUCCACAAUCAACCUGUGUCACAGUAUGGCAGCCAUGGCCGGACUGGGGAUUUUCAUAGCGAUCGCCGUGCUUCUGGAGACGGCCUCUGGAGCGUCUCUGGGGCAGGUUCACACAGAGGGAGGGAUCGUUGAGGGCAAGAACCAUCGUGUUAGACUUGGCCGGUACAUGGACGUCUUCAGGGGGAUUCCUUAUGCUGCUCCACCAAGAAAGUUUGAGAAACCAGUGCCUCACCCGGGCUGGGACGGGGUUCUGAAGGCCACUGAGUUCAAGCAUAGAUGCCUUCAGCUGAAUCUGCUCAUGACUGGUACCAUGGGCGGUGAGGACUGUCUGUACCUCAACGUCUGGGUUCCUCAACGCCGAUCAGUGUCCACUGGUCUGCCAGUCAUGGUCUGGAUCUACGGAGGAGCCUUCCUGAUGGGAGGCUCGAUGGGUGCGAACUUCCUGGACAACUAUCUGUACGACGGGCAGGAGAUCGCAGACAGAGGAGACGUCAUUGUGGUGACGCUGGGAUACCGAGUGGGAACGCUGGGCUUCCUGAGUACUGGAGAUGGAGACCUGCCCGGAAACUACGGUCUGUGGGACCAGCAAGCCGCCAUCGCCUGGGUGAGCAGGAACAUCCGGGCCUUUGGAGGAGACCCUGACAACAUCACCGUCUUUGGCGAGUCUGCAGGAGGAGCGAGCGUCAGCUUCCAGACACUCACUCCUCACAACAGGGGACUGUUCAAACGGGCCAUAUCCCAGAGCGGAGUUGCCCUGUGCCCGUGGGCAGUCAACAGGAACCCGCGCAGGUUUGCUGAGGAGGUCGCUAUAAGGGUGGGCUGCCCCACUAACGAGAAGAUGGCGGCCUGUUUGAAGAUGACCGACCCUGUGACCCUGACGAUGGCCGGCACGCUCAGUCUGUCCAGCUCAGUCGACAACCCGCUGGUCUACAACCUGGUCCUGUCUCCGGUCAUCGACGGUGACUUCCUGCCAGACGAGCCUCAUAAUCUGUUCCACAACGCCGCAGACAUCGACUACAUCAUUGGAGUCAACGACAUGGACGGACACCUGUUCACUGCCUUGGAUGUUCCUUCAGUCAACUCCGUGCUGGUGGACACCCCAGUUGACGAUGUGAAGAGGCUCCUGGGCUCCUACACGAAGGAGAAGGGCGUGGCUGGACUGCAGAAGGCGUAUUCUACCUAUUCGUCAAACUGGGGCUCUAAUCCCAGUCAGGAGACCAUCAAAAAAACCAUAGUGGGGAUCGGGACGGACUACAUCUUCCUAGUUCCUGCACAGACAGCUCUCUACCUUCACGCCUCCAACGCAACAACCGGACGGACCUACUCAUACGUCUUCUCUCAGCCCAACCGCAUGGGAGGCAUUGGCAAACCGUACCCCAGCUGGAUGGGAGCCGACCACGCAGACGACCUGCAGUAUGUGUUUGGGAAGCCCUUCACCACGCGGCUGGGCUACUGGCCUUGGCACCGGAAGGUGUCUCGCUAUAUGAUCGCCUACUGGACCAACUUUGCCAGAACUGGAGACCCCAACGUUGGGAACCUGGAGGUGCCGGUGACCUGGCCCACAUUCACCAACGAGGAGCAGUACCUGGAGAUCAACUCUGACAUGGACAAGAACUACGUGGGUCGGAAGAUGAGGCUGCCCUUCGUCCGCUUCUGGGCCAGCGUCCUGCCCAGUCUCCCCACAACCACCUCAGAAUGACAAGAGCAGAUUCAGAGCAUCGCUUCAUGAGAAAUAAACUGAACGAUAUGAAAUA